UGAAAGUAAUGAACAACUCCAGAUGGGCAUCGAGAAACAGCCAUGUUGAGACCCAGCGAUGCAUAAGCGUGACGGUAAUGGGCAAGCGAGGGGUUGCCGUCGGCAAGGCGCGUACGCGUGGGCUGUCAUCACGAAUACCGUAUCGAUAGGUCGACGGUAGCUGGAAAGAGUGCGUACUCCAUCUACACAACGCCACGCAUCGCGCCGCGCCAACCGAUAAUCUUAUUACGACGGAAAAAAAUUCCCCCAUCGCUACUUUAUCUCCAGGUACCAUGAGAUGGCCGUUGGGACUGUGUUGGCUACCCACGUGUCCGCGCCGUCUUCUCCCCUGAUCGCCCCGAGUCCUCUUUGGGAAGCAUCGCCAAUGCUCAUCUCCGAGGUCUAAGUAACUGUGUCUGAACGGCAUAAACGACAGCGUGUAUUUAAAGACAGUCGACAACAUGGAACAUGUCAUUAGACUUCUCGUGGCGGCAUCUGCUGUUGCGCAUGCGACGGCUGACGACUUCAACGUCCUACAGCACCUGGGAGGUAAUGGACAAUGGUUUCCGGGUCCCGAAGUAACUGGUAUCUCUUCCGAAGUACCAGAGGGCUGCAAAGUGGACUUGUCCGCCUUUUUCUCACGUCACGGCAGUCGUUAUCCUGACACUGGCGCCUACAAUGGAUGGGUGGCGAUGCGUGACCAUAUUCAAGAGUCCCUAUUCACAGUGAGCGACCCGAAACUCGAAUUCUUGCAGACUUGGACCCCAGUACUGUCCGAUCCCGCUGCCCAGAUUGCUCAAAUCUCCCCAACUGGGUACAAGGAGCUCACGGCAAUGGGUGCGACAUGGCGUCUGCGUUACCCCGAUCUUUACAAGUACAACACUCCUUUCACCAUGUGGUCGAACUACUACAACUCCAGCCCUCGAGUACGUGAUAGUGCGCGUAUGUUUGCGCAGGGAUUCUUGGGCCCAAAUGCCACUGAGCUCGGAACCAUUUAUGCUCUCAACAGCAGUGACCCUGCGUCAUGGAUGAACUCCCUGGCACCUAGCGACCUCUGCCCAGCCUACAAUGACAACGGCGGCAGUCCGUAUACCGACGAGUGGGCGUCCAUCUACGUUCCCCCUAUUGCGGCCAGGCUCAACGCCAAAUUCAAUGGCAACUUCAGCUUCACGGAAUCAGAAGUUACCAGUAUCCCCUACCUAUGCGGCUUCGAGACCCAGAUCACUGGAAAGCGGAGUCCGUUUUGCGACAUCUUCACUGAGGAAGAGAUCCUGGAAUACGAGUAUGCCCAGGAUCUGCGCUACUGGUACGGUACAGGCCUGGGUUCUGAUGUCGAGAAGCUCCAGAUGCUUCCCACUCUCGACAUGCUGGUCCGACGCUUCGUAGACGGUCCUGACAAAACAUACACGCUCCGCAACUCGACAUUCCCAGCGCCCAACGUCAUUGCUUCGUUCUCGAACGACGGCCAAAUCAACCAGCUCAUUGCUGCCAGCGGCGUUUUCGACAACGAGCCCCAGCUCUCUGGAAACAGGACAAACCGGGAAAGGAAGUUCCGCGCUAGCAGAUUGACUCCCAUGCGCGGUACCAUCGCCUUCGAGCGUCUGGUCUGCGGUGGCACUGGCUCUUCCCCCAGCUCGCCUGUGAGCUCUGUCUCCAGCUCUGUUCCCAGCUACACUUCAAGCUACAACAACAGCUCGGCACCUGUGUCCACUCCUGGAUCCCAUACAAAUGGCUCUGCUCCCAGCUACAGUUCCGGUCUUGCGACUAGCUCUGCCCCUGCUCCUCCUGCUCUGAGCUCUGUUCCCGGUUACUCACACGGCCAAGAACCUAGCUCCGUGACGGGACACUCGCACGGCCAGUCACCCAGCUCUGUCGCUACUCCUGCGCUUAGCUACGGCCAAGGCUACUCCCACGGCGACUCCACCACCCUCUCCACCCCUACCGCCACCCCGGGUUACGCCGCCACUCCCUCGGACUGCGAUUCGCCCCAGAAGCGCGAUGUCUCUCCUCCGCCCAGCGCAACCUACAUUCGCGUCAUCCUGAACGACGUCGUGUACCCGGUUGCCAACUGCAACGGCGGCCCUGGCGCAUCAUGCCCGCUGGCGCAGUACCAGAAGAUUGUGCAGGGCAAAAUCGCGAAGGCAGGGAGCUUCACGCAGUUCUGCAACACCACGAACCCUGCGUUCUCGGGCGAGCCCAAAUCCAACUUCUUCAUGGACAAUACGCUUCCUUUUGCGCAAGUUAUCAAGCCGUAG